UUUUUGAUGCUGGAUCACAUGAAUGCUUACAAAAAUGAACCUUCAUGUAGUUUGGAUCAUUUACCUUGGAAUGUUCCCUGUUUCAAUUUCAAUGGCAGUUACCAACAAAACAGCAUGUCCUGUUUUAAAAAAAUAUGGAAUCGAAAGACAUCAAAAGAACAGUUUUGAAAUGUCAGGAUAUGACCUUGUGGAGCGUUUCUCUCUAAGAUCAACAUCCUGUGGAGCAGAAAAGACUUGCUUUAAGUUAGGAAACGUACCUCUUAUCAGAGAAACACAACGAUUGUUUUUUAGAGGGCUUCCUGAAGAAUAUUCUCUAACAGCCUUAUUCCGAGUUAGACGCAACACAAAAAAGGAACGCUGGUACCUGUGGCAAACAUUGACUAGUUCUGGUACUCCACAGGACUCUAUUUUAAUUGAUGGUGCCAAGAAAGUGGUUGAGUUUACAGCACAAAAUAAUGGAGGAGCCAAAUUACACUAUACUUUUAAAAGUCGGGAGCUUCAUCAGCUGUUUGAUCGUCAAUGGCACAAACUUGGAAUCAGUUUAGAGUCGAACAUAAUUUCCCUAUAUGUCGACUGCAAGUUAAUUGAACAAAAACAGACAGAAAACAAAGGAAGUAUUGAUUUGCAAGGGAGCUCGGUUAUUACUGCACACGCCUCUGAUGGCAAACCUGUUGAUAUUGAACUUCAACAUCUAACAAUUUACUGCAGUCCAAAAUAUGUGACUCAAGAGAACUGCUGUGAGCUAUCAGAUGGAAUGUGCAUAACCAAGGACAGUAUCCAAGCCAAUGCUUCAUCAACAAUUGUUUCAUCUUCUGUUGGAAUAAAACAGUCACUUCAAGCAAUGGACCUUACAUCACAAGAGAAAUGCUUCUGCUCUCCAAACAAGGGUGAAGCAGGUUUGCCAGGAUCUACUGGUUUACCAGGAGUAAAAGGAGAAAAAGGGCUUCAAGGUGAAAAGGGAAAUAAAGGUGAAAUUGGUGUACCUGGAGCAGUGGGUGAAAAGGUAAUGCACAACAAAGCUAUUUUCCCUUGUUAGAAUUAUUAUAUUCAGUAUGUUUUUU